CCCCCCCCCUCCCGGCCCAACUUCUCCUCAGUCCGUGCUGUGCGACCGACCGAUCGACCGACCGACGGAGCAGGCAGCGGCUGAGGGAACGCGGGGCCGUCGCGUCGGGCUCCCGGACCUCAGCGGCCCAGGCGGGACGCAGGGCUCUUCUACGCCGACUUCUCAACCUGUUUACGUUUACUGAUCGGGCGGCCGCCCGUCAUUCCCAGACAUGGAUACGGACAAGGGCUGGAGCUCAUCUGGAUCCUCAGCUGGAUCACCAUCCGAAUUCUCAUCUGAAUUAUCACCCAUAUCCUCAACCGGAUCCCCACCUGGUGUCACGAUGGAGGAGCUGCCAUUCUAUACAGUCUGUGCAGAGAUAGUAAAGCCCACCAGACUGGUGCCAAAGAGGUCUUUCAUAUCAAAGAAAACAAAAUUGGCUUUUGUGGCCAGCUCGAGGACGUUUGACAAGAUCCUGAGCAGCAGAAAGGUCGAGCUGAUGAGCAAGGAUUUCACUAAGUUGCAGCUGCAGUUCAGGAUGUGUUUAUGGAACACUCAUCACCCUCAAAUGGAUUGCUUUCCUCCAGGCCUUAGGAUCAGGGUCAACUGGCAGAGUUUAGAGGGGGUUGGCACGGAGUCCAACUGCAGUGCUCGCCCCCUAAAUAUCACCCAUCUGGCCCACCUCUCUGACUGGGUGGCCAACAAAAUCCUGAUCAGUUGGUCUCCGAAUGAAAAACGGGACUUUGCCGGGGCAGUGUACCUGGUGAUGAAGCUUACCGUGGAUGAUUUACUGGAGAAAUUGUGGGAUGACAGCGUUCUUCCUGCAGACAACACUCGGGCCUUGAUUCAGGAGAAGCUGGGAGGCGAUUCAGGAGAGCCUUCCACCAGCAGCCUCCACGUUUCCCUCAUGUGCCCGCUGGGGCAGAGCCGUGUGACUGUGCCAUGCCGGGCGCUCUCUUGCUCCCACUUGGAGAUAUUUGAUGCGAUCCAGUACCUGAAGAAAAAUGAGGAGGAGGAAACAUGGAUGUGUCCCGUGUGUGACACCUGCGCUCCAUUUUCCAAACUCGUUGUGGAUCGAUAUUUCGUCGACAUCCUCAAUGGCAACACCUCUUGUGAAGAAGUUGAGAUACACCAAGAUGGAUCCUGGUCCCCGAUGCCAUCUGAGAGAAAUCUGAUGUAUUAUAGCAACAAGAACUCCAAGGAAUUAAAAGAGGAGGUGGCUUCUUUCAGUCUGAUAAAGAGCAGCAGCUCAAAGGGAGAGAGGGAAUAUGAGCACACUCCCAAGAGGCCGUGUCCAGCCACCAAGACAGCCAUCCCGACCGUCACGACCAGCGCAGUGUGCAGCCCCGUGAUCGAGCCGUCUAUUUCCCUAUGGGGGGAUUGGGGGGUGGAGGUGAAGAAGGAGAAUGAAGGAGCCACUGACCUGCAUCCCUGGCUCCCAGCACCCCUUCUUCCCUCUUUGAGUGCCAGUGCCAUGGAACAAGAGCUGCCAGUCACGGUUCAGAGGCCGGACCAGGCCCAGGACGUCCAGACUAAAAACCGAGGGUCACCAGACUCAGGCUCACUGAUCCCCCAAGUGGCGAACUACACCCAGGGAAAGAAGUCUUUGUUCAGUGACUGCUUUAAACAGUAUCAGGACUCAUCCCACUUGACCUCUCCGAAAGCCAGCCCCAGCCACUUCUCGUUCAAACUUUCUGACCAAAAUCCUGAACCACAUUCUCACUGGCUCCUAGUACCAAUGCCCAUCGAAUCCACCUACCAUAAAUGGAUCCCUCCUUUUCGCUUCGACUUCGAGGAGGAAGAGGAUUCAGAUAUGCCCCUGGCACUGGGCAAUCUCACCCCAAAGGCCCAGCUCACCCCCCCUGUAGGGCCAAUGGGAGACACUGUAGGGAGGGCUGACCCCGGCACGGGGACAUUUCCCCCCCAGGCCAGUCAGGCUUCUUCUAGCAGGGCAAGUUCAAGUUUGUUCUCCAGAGUGCAGCAGAGUCCGGUCCCUGAGGCGAGUAGCGCUUCAUCCUCUGUAGUAAGUCAGCCUUGGUUCACCAGUGCGCAUUGGACUUUGGUCAACCAGCAGGGUAAGGUUUUCUCCAUGAAGCCAAAGCAGGGUUGGGCUUCGUCCACCCAAGUGAGAGGUGUUUCCUCCACCAGGGUGACUGAGGCUUUCUUCUCCAGGGCAAGAGAGGCUUCCUCUUCCAGGCCAGGCGAGGCUUCCUCCUCCAGGCCAGGCGAGGUUUCCUUCUCCGGGGCGAGGGAGGCUUCCACCUCUGGGGGGAGAGAGGCUGCUUCCUCCGGGGCAAAUGAACCUUUUUUCUCCAGGAUGAGAGGGGUUUCCUCCUCUCUGGUGAGUGAGGCUUCCUCCCCCAGGGCCAGGGAGGCUUUGUUCUCCAGCGGGAGAGAAGCUUCCUCCUCAAGGGCCAGUGAGGUUUUCUCCUCCAGGGCAAGUGAGGUUUCCUUCCCCGGAGUGAGGGAAGUUUCUUCCUCCAGGGCAAGUGAGGCUUUCUUCACCAGGGCGACAGAGGCUUCCUCCUCCAGGGGGAGUGAGGCUUUCUCAUCCUGGACGAGAGAGGCUUUCACCUGGGCGAGUGAGACUUUCUCCUCCAGGGCAAGUGAGGCUUUCUCCUCCAGGGCGAGUGAGGCUUUCUCCUUCAGGGUGAGUGAGGCUUCCACCUCCAGGGCGAGUGAGGCUUCCACCUCCAGGGCGAGUGAGGCUUCCACCUCCAGGGCGAGUGAGGCUUCCACCUCCAGGGCGAGUGAGCCUUUCUCCUCCAGGGCGAGUGAGGCUUUCUCCUUCAGGGUGAGUGGGCCUUCCUUCUCCAGGGUGAGUGAGGCUUCCACCUCCAGGGAGAGUGAGCCUUCCUCCUCCAGGGUGAGUGAGCCUUCCUCCUCCAGGGCGAGUGAGCCUUCCUUCUCCAGGGCGAGUGAGCUUUCCUUCUCAAGGGCAAGCGAGGCUUCCUUCCCCAGGUCAAGCGAGGCUUCCUUCACCGGGGCGAGGGCGGCUUCUUCCUCCAGGGUGAGAGCAGCUUCCUCCUCCAGGGCAAUUGGUGGUCAGUCCAUGCAGGCAGGUGGGGCUGCCUCCGUCCUGGAUAGCGAUGAGUCUGAGUCCCAGGGGAUUCCGUAAAGGGAGGCGGACAGAGUUUACAGACCCCCUUCCCUCCACUUGUCCCUUCUUCUCCCCCACCUCAGGUCAUUAGCAAAGGGCAUGUCACUCCAGGUUGAAGUUGUUCGUCUCUCUCCCCAUCCCUUGCAUGCUGUAUCUAGGGCCUGCUUAGUAGUUUUUGUUCAGGAGGGUUGGGAGCAGGGACAUGCUUGUACAUGGCUGUAGUCUCUCCCUCCCUCAUUCUUCUAUUCCUGUUUGAAGUUGUUAGGAAAGGACCCCCACCCCUCCCCCACCCCAUAAGAACAAUGUUAAAUCUGCAUAGAAUUUCACUGAGGGUAGUUACAAUGUACUUCUCACCCCACUGGUGUUAAGAAAUUUUCAAUUAAU